AUUCAAAAAUGUCUUCACAUCAACAUCACCAGCCUCAUCAUCCAACAUCAUCAUCAUCAUCAUCAUCAACAAUUACAACCACUGCCAUCAUAUCCGGUCAUGGUAAUAAUGAUGAUGAUGAUGGUGGGGGUGGUGGUGGUGGUAGUAGUGUUGGUAUCAAUAAUACAGGUCAUCUUCAGCAACAACAAUCACAUGUGGUGACACUUGUUGGUGAUCAUCAAUUACAACAGCAUAUUAUUCAACAUGAAACACGACAACAACAACAGCAACAAAUAAUACAAGCAACAGAAUCCGCUCAAUCAUCACAUCAAGUUCAUCAUCAUCAUCAUCAACAACAAAAUCUUCAUCAUAACCAUCAUCAUCAUCAUCAUUUGCAAAGAUCGGCAUCCACCGGUUCAGAAGUACAAUUCAGAUCAUUAGUUGAACCAUCUACGGCCACAGUGCCAUUAAUUCAAACCCAACAUCAAGUGAUAUAUUCAUUGGGCGAUCAUGUUGAUGAUGAAAAUGAUCUUUUUGAAUGUGGCAAAUGUAAACAACAUUUCUCAUAUCUUCAUUCAUUUGUGCAGCAUAAAAAAAUUUGUAAUAGCCGAUUACAGCAGCAACAACAUACGAAAAGCAGUUUAUCAACAAAUAGCGAAAAGCUACGAGAAUUGGCUGAAAUCGAAUUACAUUUGGGCAUUGCUUCGACAUCGACAUCAGCCUCACAGCCACAGUUGGUUCAUCAUACUGGUAGCAAUGUUCAUCAUUCACAUCAUUCAAUGGGUAAAUCACUUUUAUCAACAUCAUCAAACAAUUCUUCUCCAUUAUUGAUUCCAAGCAACAAUAAUUCGCCUACCUCAAUGAUGACAGCUGUUGCUACCGGAGGUGGAAAUGGCCAGUCAACCAACCAUUUGGUUGGUGAUAUAAAUAUUAUUAAUAGACAUCUAAGCCAUGGAAAUCGUGCUUCACCAUUAAUUGAUCCACUAAAUGGAUCUUCUAUUAAUGUAAACAGUAUUCUACCUGAUAAUGAUCUACUUUCAUUGACAUCAUCAUUAGAUGCGAAUAUGAUAGCCAGUAUAGGCAAUUCGAUAUCACCUUCAUCAUUGCUUCAUCUUCAAGGUGGUGAUGUUAGCUCAAAUACUGAUGAUUUCGCACAGUUCGCACAUCUUAAUCACGGGUUAGAUGCUAGUACAGAAUCUAGUAUGAACGAUGUUAAUCAACAUUCAAGAUCGAAUUCUAUCGCUAUAUAUGGAGUUACCUCAUCCACAAACGGAGCAUCUGAUGCAUCACAUUCGAUGUUAAUCUCAUCAGCCAAUUCUUCAUCAUCCAUAUCGACCAAUACAGGUGUUCAUAUUAACAGUACACAUCCACAACAUGCACAGCAACCGCAGCAAUCAUCCGUCAACGUGAUCAAUUUCAUAAAUUCAAUACACAACACUUCACCUACAUCAUUCACAUCGUUUAUGCAGAAUAUUUCUUCCAACGAUGUAAACAUUGGCGUUAAUGGAGAAGGUUCAUCGUCAUCAUCUUCAUUGCUCAAAACAUCAUUCGAUACAGUUGGCGAUGUAGAUGGUGCUUCUAAUGAUAAUUCAAUUGGAUCUCCUUCGCGUUUUCUUAAUUUACCUCCACCAGCAUCACAACCAUCGACACCAAGUAGUAUUAUCGAACAUCGUCCUAAUCAAGUCGGUGCCACGGUAAGGUCAACACAGACUUCAUCCAUAUCAACGGAAAUUCAUCAUGUAAAUAAGCCACAACAAACAAUGAAUGUGAUACAUCAUUCUCAACAACAACAUUCCCAGCAAUCACAAACUAUAAUAAUCAAUCACGAUGUUGUUGACAAUUCGCGAGCUAUAAAUGAAAACCAUAUUCAUUCUCAGACAUUGAAUCCAAAUCAAUUUGCUGCUGACAACCAACAACAUAAUCCGCAGCAAUCAUCACAGAUGACAAAUACUAAUCAGCCUGCUGAAUUAUUCAAAUGCAACUUUUGUGACCGUUCUUAUACAAAAAGUAUCGAACUGGCUAAUCACAUGCCCUGUCAUACAGGCGAGAAACCAUAUCAAUGUUGUAUAUGUGGAAAAGCAUUCGGACAGAAAAACAAUCUUCGUAAACAUAUCAUGACUCACAAGGUAACUAAAGAACAAUAUCAAACGGCAUAUAAAACUUCAGUCGAUCAAUCGUUGAAAAAUAUGCCAAAUGCUGGCAAGAAUAAGACAUUGAAAAACCAGCCAGCAACAGCUGUAACACAAACGGCUCUGACACAACCAAAAGGAAUGGUUGCUGAUACGUCAAACAAGAUUGUCAUCUAUAUUUGUCCAAUGAAAUGUGGUUUCACAUCUGAAAGUUUUGAAAUAUUGAAAGUACAUUGUGCCACUGAACAUCCGAAUCAAUUUAAUGAUAGUUCUACAGUUCAAGUGACUUCGACUGAUCUUCAACAAAAACCACAUCAGAACAAUCCUCCAAAUGUUCACCAUAUCGUAUCGACCCAAGAAACUUCAAGUUCAAAUUUUUUAAAUUCUAGUCAAAAUAACAAUCAGACAAAUCAAUCUAACAUGGUAUCAAUAAAACAAGAAAUAGCUAGUGAUACGGCCAUUUAUCAGUUGACCGCUACACCAUCGACAAAUCAAUCAUCUAAUCAAUCGGGUACCCAGCCAUUGUUGGAAUUCAAAGUACAAGAUAAAUUUACCUGUCCUGUACCAAGCUGUGGAUUCGUCAGUACAAAGGAAACAGAAUUUAAAAUGCAUUGUGUAGAUCAUACUGUAGCUAAUGAUGAGAAUAUACGCUACCGUUGCACUGCAAAUGAUUGUAAAGAAGUUUAUAAUAAUGUAGAAUCAUUCAUCAAACAUCUCCAAUCACAUGAUAAAGCCACAUGUAAUACAGAAGCUGAACAAAGUGGUUCUAAUGAACCUAUCAAAGCCAAAUCAAGAAUUUAUCGAUGUUCAAUCUGUUUGAAUCGUUAUACGACGGAAAAUGCAUUGGAGAAUCACAAGGCAACCACUUCUCAUCAUUAUCCUUGCCAACAUUGUAAUAAAAUUUUUCCUUGUGAACGAUAUCUGCGUCGUCACCUGUUGACACAUGGUGCAGGAUUAUUCAUUUGCAAAUAUUGUGAUAAAUCAUUCAAAACGGCUAAUUAUCUAAAAGUUCAUCUAAUAAUACAUACUGGAGAAAAGCCAUUUGCCUGUAAAAUUUGCGAUGCAGCUUUCAAUAGAAGGGACAAGCUAAAGCGACAUGAAUUGGUACAUGAUCCAGUUAAACGAUAUAAAUGUCCAAUGAAUAAUAAUGGAUGUAAACGGGAAUUCAAUCGACCUGAUAAAUUAAAAGCUCAUAUACUGACACAUUCUGGUGUUAAGCCAUAUCAGUGUACGAUGUGUACUCGCUCAUUCACACGACGAGCUCAUCUCCGAGAACAUAGUAAAACACAUCAAGAAGUGGUCAAUGCUAUCAUCAAAGCAAACAUAGAGAAAACCUCGCCUAACUCUUCACCAAACAAAACAAAUACUUGUAACACCGAUAAAGCAAUAUUAAAUCCACCAAAUUCAACCAGUCAAACUGUUGUAGCUACUUAUGAAAAAGAUAACAUUUCCAAAUCAGAAAUUAGUGCUCUAAUCCAUCAGCAAGAUUCAUCGGACCCAUCUAAUAAUGUAUCUAAUCAAGCUGUUAUGCAAUCAUCAUCCUUUAAUAAGACAGCUAAUUAUGCAAAUAAUACUUCAAAUAAUAAUAAUCAACAAUCCCAUUUGACUGAUGCUAAAUUGCUUGACAAACAGGAAAAGAAAUCAAUUGGCGAUAUUAAUAAAGAAUCUUUUAUGGAUAAUUAUAAAAGUCAAGCUACCUUCACUACGGAUCAAACAGUAUCGGACUCUGUUUCUCAUGCUGUUGCAACUACAACCACAACAAUUUCUAAAAACAAUAAUGGCAGUAUUAUAUUAUUCACUGGUGCAUCGCUUCCUUCGUUAACAUCCUCGCCUAAUUGUAAUCCACAGCAAACAAUACCGUCCACGGAUCAAACACAUUCACAAUUAUCUACUCUAGCUACCUCAUCAUCAUCAUCAUCUACGAAUCUCCAAAAACAAGACACAACAAUAACUCAUUAUCAACAAGAUAAUACUCAACGAAACCCACAACAAAAACUAUCGACACCAACCAACAACAACACUAGCACAUCGUUUCAAACAUUUAUUUUGCUUUAUUCAUGCCCGGCUUGUGAGGCUUAUUUUUUCAAAGAAGAGGAAAUCAAAACGCAUAAAUGUUGUGCAAAUACAUCCUCGAUUGGAGUUAAGAACAAUAUGGUCGACAAUGGUAACCGGCAACAGCAACAAACCAUGCAACCGUUACUAGUACCAGUCGAUCAUAAAGUUAAUCCAGUACCAACAUCAGAUAAUAAUCGAAUAAAUAUAGCCACUAGUCCAGCUACAACAACAACUUCAUCAAUAAAAAGCAUCAAUGCAGCUUUUGUUAAUCCCACAGAUAUGUGUAAAAUGGAGAUUGAAGCUGAAAACACUUCAAUUUGAAGAUGAUUCAUUUCUUCAGCCUAAAAUCCGUCCAAAUUUUAAUAUUCUCAUGUUGAAUUUCUUACCUUGACUCUUGAUCAAUUUUUUUUUAUUAUAAUGAUGUAGAAAAUUGUAUUUAUUUUUUCAUUGAUUUAUAAUCGGAAAAACAGCAACAAUGAAUUAUUUUUCUAAUCAAGUGUUAUUCAUUUGUAAAUGAAACAGAAUUGUAUAUAAAUGAUUUAAUCGAAUAAACAAAACUAUCAAAA